AUCAGAAGUUCCGUAUAAUGCCGAUCAUCCCCCGUUUGUCAUUCUAUGCCGGUGAUCGCUAAAAGGCGAAACGGCGGCAUCUUUUUGCUUGAGCGAUUAACUUGGAUUCUUUGAACUGUUCCAUGUUCAUUGUGAGAUUAAUCUGCCCGUUUAUUGCAACUUUAUGCAGUUUCUUGCCAAUGAUUUAAUAAUUAAUAUGGAGAUUAAAAGAACCUAAACGGGAUGGUUGAGAAAACCAUCGUAUUCAUGCCCUGAAGUAACCAGUUACAAAAAAAAUUUGUACAUAGUAUGUGUUAUGUUACGACACAAUCUUGGUUUUGUUAAUUUUCAGUUCAGAGGGCCAGGGAGAGGGAAAAGUGGGGCUGGUGGGUACUACCUCAAGCUUCACUCUGGUAAUCAGGAUUGAGUUAGCAAUAAUCGAAAAAGUGACUCCAAAGUCAAUCGAGAUUGGAGUCCAUAUGCGGCUCCUCGGCAUAUUUAGGAUAUAGUUAGAGAACUGCUCAAGAAAUUGGUAUGCCCUAAAAAUUAGAUACCAAAUUGGAUUCUCAUACUAAUAAAAGGGACUUAUGUGUUGAAGGACCAAGCGCAGGAUCAGGACCAUCGCUAGUUAUUGUACUCAACUCAAGGGCCCUCAAGGGGGUCUCCAGGUCCCUUUAGAGACAAGUCGGUGAGCCCUCCGUUAGAAAUUUGGUUGCCAAAUUUUGACCCUGACCCAAAUUUAUACCUUGUAUGUAGUUUGCUUUUUUCAUGAUACAUAAAUUCGCGAUCUUAUGUAGCAUUUUGUAUUUUUAACAUUUCAUCCAUAAGCUGGCAAUGAACACGUUUCAGGCCCGCGUUUUAAGCCAAUCAGCUCUGUUACAUUUACCAAAAUAUACCAUUUUCUACCCUAGAUCUGAUCUCGGCCAAUAACUUGUGGGCUUUUGCUGUGUCUCUCUGCGUAAAACGUAUUUCUAGGUUUUAGGCUAUGGUUAUUCUAGAAGUAAUACACCUGAUCUCGUCUGUAUAUUUUCUGCAAAGUUGUUACAUCCUGCUUUUCCAAAGAGUUGUUGCUUUUACCCAAGACCUGACAGCAGUGGCCGUUCACACUAUAUUCUGAUAUGUCAUCAAGAAAAAAAUCCAAAAGCAUUCAUUAAUACAUGAAUAAAGAAACAUUUCUGUUCACUUUGCAAAUGGGGUUUACCCGGAAUUACGGUUUCUUAGCAACUGCGUAGAAACAUUAUUUAUCUCGCCCCAGUCCUCAAUAUUAACAACAUGGCGAACCUCUCUGAUUAGAUCAAAAGGUCAUGUGAAAAGUUUUUUCCCCGUUAACAUGGGAUCUAAGCCUCCAAAAAAGAAAGAAUCGCGUGAAAGGGUUGCCUCUGCUGCACAAAAGCACCAGGAACCUCCAACUACAAUUCCACCAAUUUUUGAGAAAGAUGAAAAGGGAAGAAAGAUUGGAAAAGUACCAAUUCCAGUUUGGCCAGAAUGGAGUGACCAGGACAUUGCUGCUGAAAAAUGGGAUACUGGACAUCGAGUGAGAAUUGAGCAAAAAGGACGAAGCCCAGGGACAUCUAUGCACUUUUUUGAAGAGCCAGAAGGUAGAACGGAGCUCCCCGGUCCUCUAAAAGAAAAAGUACAUAGCUGGAGAAGAUUUCAGGAUAUUAUUCCAGAUGGAAAGAUUCCUGUCAUGGUGGAUGGUGAAACAUUGAAAGGAAAAGAAAUCGAUCUACUUUCCUCUUCUAAUGAUGAUGUCACAGAUAGUGAGCUAAUGAGGUGGAUUAUUGCUGGGAUAUCAACCCUUGCAAAGCUCCUAAAUCAAGCUGAAUGUGAUUCAACUUGCAAUAUGUUAAAAACAAAGUCAUCUAAAGAGCAGAGAGACACUAAAGAAUCAAAAAUUGACAAACUUAAGAAAGAGAGUGAAAUAUUUAAUGAUGAGUUAUCAGGCUGGAAACCUUGGCACCACAUUUGGCCUAAAGACCCUAGCAGUCGUUACACAUCAGCUCCACUUUAUAAUCCUGGUGGUAAAUAUUGCUUGAAAAUUUUUUGGAUGGGUUGUUGGAGAAAGAUAACUGUUGAUGACUUUGUUCCCUGUGAUGAAAAUGGAAGUAUACUCCUUCCAACAACUCAGAAGGAAAAUGAACUCUGGCCUUUGCUUCUUUGCAAAGCUCUUAUAAAAGUUGCAUCCCUUGAUUAUAAUGGUGGCUAUGACUUCAGUGAAAUGGGUGAUUCCAACAUGAUCCACUGCCUCACUGGCUGGCUUCCGGAGCCCAUUCCAUUGAGAUAUGGACACACAGCUGAAAUUUGGAAACUUUUGCUUGAUAUAUUACCAAAAUGGAAGUUAGAAGCCUCUGAAAGCAAGUCAAAGACGGCCGAAAAAGAAGGGAAAUUGCCAACAGAAGAGGAGGGAAAGAAGGAAGAGCUUCCAAAGCUGGAGGUAAAGGAAAGCAAAGAAGGAAAGGAUCCAAUUAAAAAGAAAGAGGAGAAGGACAGCAAGGAUAUAGGAAACAAAGAGAAAAAUGAAAAAGCUAGAAAUGAAAAACUAAAAGACAAGGAAAAGACAGAGAAAGAUGGAAAAUCUAAAGAGAAAGCUAGUCUCGCAAGCAAUACACAGGCACGACUGAACACAGAACCAGAAUAUGUCAUAUUUGCAAGCUAUUCUCCUCCACAAAAAAAGCCACUACGUAUCUCCACACUUCGAGAAAUGGCCGAUGCGUCAGAAAAGCUUCGACAAUCUGGUUUGUCUCACAACCAUCCCCAUCCAGUUCAUUUAACAAUGGUACGGAAUUGUCCACUUGUCGCUCCACCAACUCCUGUCCCUAUACCAAGAUGGAAACUCAUUCGUCAAAAGAAGAAAACCCAAAUAGUAGAGCCUCCUUUGAAUAAAGACCCACCCAAGCCACCAAUGUUCGUCGAGGUGGCUUCGCCGUUCAUCAACUAUCGGGUCAGUCCUAUACCUGUGAGCAGAGUGCAGUCCCCUGUCAAGUGGAAAAAGUUUAAACCAGAGACUCCAAUGGAUAGCGUUGUGGAGGAGGAUAAAGUGCCGGAGCAAGAGGAAGACAGUGGUGUUGGUACAGACAGUCCGAAAGAAGGAAAGAUGGACAGCAAUGAUUUGCGGAAGGAAAUCGGGCAAGAGCCAGUGAAACCAGCAGAAAGCCAACACUCGAGUCCGCCCAAAAUCAAACCAAUGAUAAGCAUUGAUGUUAGCUUCGAUGGCAUGGAAAAGGAAAAGGCUACAGACGCUGCAAAAGUAACACAUUCAAAGUCGAGCAGCCAUCUCAAGAAGGAGCGAACUAAUUCUGGUAAAAGCAAUCUCGCUGAAACUGAUUUAUUGGAAAAGAAAGUUAGUAGAAAAGUCUCUGUCGCCUCAAGCAAAAAUGAACUUGGAUCUGCUAGAGGAAGAAAAUCUUCAAAAAUGGAAAAAGCUUUGUCCGAGAAAGAAGUCAAGGAUACAAAAGAAGCGAAAGCCAAAGCAAAAGAGGAUCUUAAAGAGAAGGAGCCUAGCGAAGUUAUUCCAGAAAUCGAAUUGCCAAAAGGUGAAACAGAGGUCAAUGCAGAAAAUGAAGAAAACGAGGCUGAGAAAAAUGAAGAGGACGCGAAGGAUGGAGAGAAGAAAGAAAAGGUUGAAUCAUUAUGGAUGGAGUACGACGACUUCUGCUUGUGUUUCAACACCUUAUGGGUCUUUCACAAGUCACAAACAUACAGUUUCUACAAAGGCCACUCAGAACUCAAGAAUGCGGAUCAAAAGGCGGACAAGAACAGGCGUUCUGUAUUGAACCCGGCAUUGUCCAACAUCGCCCCAACUCCUUCCGGCCGAAACCCUUCUGUAGCCAGCCCAUCUGCCUAUGGAUCACACUUGCCACUUUCCGAUGCCCCGAUGCCUUUCUUGUUUGUUGACAGUUUGUCGAAAAUCGAGCUGCUCGUGUCCUUUGCUUCGUUUUCUCGUUGGUUUGAGCCUCUUAUUCAAACGUACCCUUCUGUCAAGGAAAAGGAAAAUCAAGAGUCUGAAGAAAAACCUAUCAAGGAAACAUCUCAAACUGCACCGCCUCCUGGACUGUUGAUUGCCGAGCCAUAUUCCUGGAAGAGCCUUGUCAACGGGCUACCUUCCUUGCGUAUAAAAACCACAGGGAUAAAAGGAGCAGUUCUCACUUUGCCACCUGGGCGACACGUUUUGAGGUUCAUGAUUCAAGCUCCGAUUGGCUACCAUAUUGACAUCUGCUCACAAACGUCGUUCGUGUUUGGGGAAGAGGAUCUUAUCAUGCAGCACCUUACAAAGGAAAGCAUUAGCUUUACCCAGUAUUCCAUUAAUUCAUUGUUGGGACUCAUUGAAGUUAUGACAUCAUUCAACGAUUUUGCCAAGAACAGGAAGUUCAACCUUGGAAGUGAGGCGGAAUCUGAUUGGACAUUUUCACGACACUUCGAAGUUCUGUUCUCUAGUUUCACAAACACAGUAAAAACGGAGAUGGGAAAUGCGUUCACAGCUGUAACCUCGUUUUCGAUUGAAGCUCUCAAAUACGAGACAGCUUUGUGUUUGAAGAGACACUUGCAUUUGGUAGAUGCAGAAAAAGAAGAAAAAACAAUGGAGCAAAGGGUUGGGGAGGAGCAAGGAAGUGAAGAUAGUUUGAGUGAAGAGUUGAAACGAAUCAAUGCGGCAGCAAAGAUACAGGCUUGCUUCAAGGGUCAUUUUGUCAGACUUCUGGCGAAAGCACGCGAGCAGGAUUCAGAAGAAAACAAAAUUGUCACAGAGCAGUUCAAGAAAAUAAUGACAGUCAUCGACACGAACACCGAGUACUUCGCAUUGCAAGUGUACCGCGAAAUGUUCAAGGCCGACCCUGACCUUUAUUCAGUAUACCCAUUCAGCGAAGACGAGUGGACGAGAAUCGCCUACGCAGAUUACAAUGGUGGAUAUCCCGAGCAGCCAGUCAAUUCUUGGUUCAUUGUCUUUAGGGAAGUGUUCUACGUUGAAAGCCCAGUAUUGGUUGUGCCAAAGUUGUACAUCAACAUUAACAGUUGCGUGUUGCGUGUCGUGGACAACGAUACUGGAGAACAGAUGCCAAUGGUGUUCAUGCGAGUCACUCCGCGAGUUUUACAUAAAAAUAAGAACGGGUACACAUUCAUCGCAGAAGCGCGAAGUGGCAAUGGACCGGUGCCUGCAGGAAAGUUUCGCCUUCGCUUGAUUGGCGCCACAGAUCCAUUGCCGAUGCCUGUCAAGGAAGGCGUCGUCAAUGCCAAUUUUACAACCAAGGAGAUCAGAGAUUACUAUUUGCCCAACAGAAACAACGUUAUUUUCAGGUACACAGCGAAGGUUUAUGAUGACCAUCCCGUCAGUAUUCAAGUUUCGACGUCAAAAACUGAUGUAUACGUUCGUCUUGAUAUUUUAGACGACGAGACGGUGGUCGCCAGUGCAACUGGCAAGGGACAUGUCGUUCUUCCUGCUUUCACCUUUCUACGAGACCACACAGACGACGAUGAGGAAAAAGCAAGCCACAGAAGCUCAAGGCAAGGCUCAGGACGAUCUUCAGUCAAAGGCAGCCGGCUGCAGAAGUUUGUUACCGCGAAACGAGCGGCCUCCCCAUUUGAAAAGACUGGGAAGAAGUCACAGAAAAAUGGACACGCGCCGAACCAGGGUGCUGGCAACGAGGCUAUUGAGAAAACGCAAAGUAUGAGCAAACUACGAGCAGCAGAAAGCAGCGAAACAAUUGACCAGGCCGCUGAUGAUCCUGAACAACCGCAGACUCACAAGUACAUAAUUCAAGCAGUGGUGUUAAGGGACAGCUGGCCUUUAUCACAAAGUCAGUGGAGCUUCAUAUCCAUGCUGAAACACAUCGAGAAAACAGACGGCGAGGCAAUGGAAACUUCAACAAAGACGGAGAAACACAGCGCGGGACCGAAGGGCAAGAAAGGCUCAAAGGACAACAAAGAAGGAAGGUCCAGCAAGUCUCAUCAACAAAGUGUGACGUCACGGCCUGGUUCACAGCAAUUUGACAUCACGAAGCCGAAUUGGGUGUUGAGAGUGGUCAGUGACGCAAGCGCGAGCGAAAUUGAAAUAAAGAAGGACACAGAGAGACAAGAUCAAAUCAAGGCAAUGAAGGCCGCCUGGGAGGCAGAGCAGCCUGGAAGGGCCGCCAAAGCCCAAAAAUCGCGAAUGAAGUUUCUGAGCGAAAACCUCGUGAAAGUUACAAAAAGCGAAAGCCAAGAAGACACCGAGCAAGCAAGAAAGCGGGAAGCUUCAGAGAGCGGCACAGAAGCAGUUCCCCCACCCCUGUCACCCGGGUUGCAAUUGGAUAACGACCCCAGCGAGCUGACGUUGACACCACCCUCAAAGGAUCAGGACAUGAAGCUAAAACCAUUCGACAUCACUCCCUUCAUCAGGUCCACUGGCAAAAAAUUGCUGCUGGAUGAAAAAGAAGAAGAAAGAUUGGAGAUGGAGUUGCAAGAGAGGAUACAAAAGUACAGGGAACUCAGGGAGAGCGUUUUGAAAGACAGAGAGGAAGAUAGAAUUGCGAGAAAUUUAGAAAAAGAGAAACAGCUUCAAGAGUAUGAGGAAAUGCAGGCAAAACUGGAUGAGAAUAGGCACCGGAUCAACUCACUGAGAGAGCAAUACAGACAGAAAUUUAUUGACCAGCCGCCUGCAGACAAUGCCAGUGAAGUGAGUAAAAAGCGGAAGACACCGUCACCUACCAGGGGUAGGAAAAGUCCUAGAAGUAAAUCACCAAAAGAGAAGGGGAAAACUAAGUCUCCAGCAAAAGGCAAGAAGAAGUAGAAACGUUGACAAAUGUUGAUAUGUAAAUAUUCUUGGCAACUUUGUUCAUAUUGGAUUGUUAAAUAUCAGUUACAAUUUAUUGAUUAUCUAUCACUUUUCAUGUAAAAAUAUUUCUUUUCAUUGAAUAAUGAUUGAAACGAACAUGAAUAAAAACAAAAA